GCUGGUCCGGUUCAUUUCCAUUAAUUUCAUUCUGAUAGAAUAAUAUUCCGGUCCAUCACAAGUCAGCUGAUCAAUUUUAUUCCUGUCUCCUUGUACUAAAAACAUGUCAGGAAAGGAUAAACUUCCAAUUUUUCCCUCUCGGGGAGCUCAAAUGUUGAUGAAAUCUCGAUUAGCAGGUGCACAAAAAGGUCAUGGUUUGCUAAAGAAGAAAGCUGAUGCUUUACAAAUGCGUUUUAGAAUGAUUUUAGGAAAAAUUAUUGCGACAAAAACACUGAUGGGUGAAGUGAUGAAGGAAGCGGCUUUUUCAUUAGCUGAAGCAAAAUUUGCCACUGGUGACUUUAACCAGGUUGUCCUACAAAAUGUUACAAAGGCACAAAUUAAAAUCCGCUCAAAAAAAGACAAUGUAGCGGGAGUAAAUCUUCCAGUAUUUGAAUCGUAUCAAGAUGGAACAGAUACAUAUGAAUUAGCUGGUUUAGCCAGAGGUGGUCAACAAUUGACAAAAUUAAAAAAAAAUUACCAAAAGGCAGUGACAUUACUGGUUGAGCUAGCUUCCCUGCAAACUAGUUUUGUCACUCUCGAUGAAGUGAUUAAAAUCACAAAUCGUCGUGUAAAUGCUAUCGAGCACGUUAUCAUUCCAAGAAUAGAAAGGACACUAGCUUAUAUUAUCUCAGAGUUGGAUGAACUUGAGAGGGAAGAGUUUUAUCGUUUAAAGAAAAUUCAGGAUAAGAAAAAGCAAGCGAAAGCUAAGGUCGAAGCACUUAGACGCGAAAUGAUUGCUGCUGGAAGAGAAGAUAUAAGAGGAGAUGUUGCUAAUAUGCUUGACGAGGGAGAUGAUGAUAUAUUGUUCUAAGUACUAGAAACAAUAGUUUUGUUUAAAGUGAAAAAUGAAUUAUAUAUUAGAGGUAAUUAAAAUGAGUUUAUGGAAAAGAUUAUGCAAAGUUCCUAGCUAACUUCUACCUCUAACUCAUUAAUUAUCUUAAAUCCUUUUCUUAGAUAAGCAUUAUAUUUUGUUUUUAGAUUUACACAA